CCCGGACCGCAGCGCCCUCCCCCGUCCGAGCCGUUUAUUUUUUUCUUUCCCCCCUUUUUUUGGGGGGGGGAAUAGUGGUGGUGGAGGAAUUUUUUAAAAGUGGGAAAUGCCCGGAUGAGAAGUGACGGAGUGUCAGGAUCGAUGGAGAAAGGUUUUUGGCUUCCACUCCCACCAGUGACCAAAGACUUGACCACUUUACAAAGUCCAAAUCCCCAGAACACUGCUCGACAUGGACACCGGUGUGAUUGAAGGUGGAUUAAAUGUCACUCUCACCAUCCGGCUACUUAUGCAUGGAAAGGAAGUUGGAAGCAUUAUUGGAAAGAAAGGAGAAUCAGUCAAGAAGAUGCGUGAAGAGAGUGGUGCGCGUAUCAACAUUUCAGAAGGGAAUUGUCCUGAGAGAAUAAUUACUCUGGCUGGACCCACCAAUGCCAUCUUUAAAGCCUUUGCUAUGAUCAUUGACAAACUGGAAGAGGACAUCAGCAGCUCUAUGACCAAUAGUACAGCUGCCAGUAGACCCCCAGUCACCCUGAGGCUUGUGGUCCCUGCUAGCCAGUGUGGCUCUCUCAUUGGAAAAGGAGGAUGCAAGAUCAAGGAAAUAAGAGAGAGUACAGGGGCUCAGGUCCAGGUGGCAGGGGAUAUGCUACCAAACUCAACUGAGCGGGCCAUCACUAUUGCUGGCAUCCCGCAAUCUAUCAUUGAGUGUGUCAAACAGAUCUGCGUGGUCAUGUUGGAGACUCUCUCCCAGUCUCCCCCGAAGGGCGUGACCAUCCCGUACCGGCCCAAGCCGUCCAGCUCUCCAGUCAUCUUUGCAGGUGGUCAGGCCUAUACCAUUCAAGGACAGUAUGCCAUUCCACAGCCAGAUUUGACCAAGCUGCACCAGUUGGCAAUGCAACAGUCUCACUUUCCCAUGACGCAUGGCAACACCGGAUUCAGUGGCAUUGAAUCCAGCUCUCCAGAGGUGAAAGGCUAUUGGGCAGGUUUGGAUGCAUCUGCUCAGACUACUUCUCAUGAACUCACCAUUCCAAAUGACUUAAUUGGCUGCAUAAUCGGGCGUCAAGGCGCCAAAAUCAAUGAGAUUCGUCAGAUGUCUGGGGCUCAGAUCAAAAUUGCCAAUCCAGUGGAAGGAUCUACUGAUAGGCAGGUUACCAUCACUGGAUCUGCUGCCAGCAUUAGCCUGGCCCAGUAUCUAAUCAAUGUCAGUUUAGAAAACGCUAAACCCUCCUCCCAGGCAGCCUCCGUCACGAUCCCUGAUCACCUCAGCAUCAACCUCUCUCAACCCUCCACCCCUUCUUCUUCUUCUUCCUCCUCCACCACCACCCCCUCGCUCGCCACAGCGGGGACCUCCGACGCACCCUCCAGCCUCCCCAACCCUCUUCCGACCGCCCCUUGUGUCUCCAGUCUGCUUGGCAUGAAACCCAUCCCUCUCCUGGCUCUAAAUGUUGUGUCUGCUGCUAAGGGUCCCGGGGCUUCGGCUGCCACCACCACCACCUCUGCCGUGCCAUGCGUAACUAACAAACUGAAAGCUGAGAAACAGAGAUUUUCUCCCUACUGAGGGCAGAUUUCGGGGCAUCCCUUCAAAAGUGUUUCUGGGCUUUAUUUUUUCCCUUUGUGUUAACUUUGGUGAAAACCAAAUAAUUGUGAGCUUGUGACCUUCCUUGGUGCUUUUGUGGGGGAAGGGGGUGGGGGGAGAUCCUUGCUUAGGUCCAGGCCAGUUGAGCUGAGUGUUUGCCUGUUUCAGAGUCUGUGAUUUGUUGAAUUCCUUAUCUAGAGCCGUAGCUGUUGCUUCCUCCCUUUCCUUUCCCUACCCCAACUCUUCUCUCCCUCUCUCUUUCCCUUUUUCUCCCCCCUUUCUGUAGCUUUUUUUGCCUUGCAAUAUGACAAUGUGUUAGGGUCUGUGUUUAAUGAAUAAAGGCUACUCCGUUAAACUUUUUUUUUUAAUUCUUUCUUAGUUAAGUUGCUUAGCAGGCCUCUUGGCUGGAAAUAACUUUGUGUAGCUGUAAUAAAAUUGCCACAGUGAGAAUUGUGUUAGUUAUCAAUGUGCUAUUAAGGGGCAAAGGGUGGGGAGGGCCCCUUGUGUUGACCUGAAAAUUAGGUGUGUGUGUGUGUGUAUAUACCCCUAUGCACUUCUCUUGUUGUUCUGGUUCCAUACUUUAUCCAUGGUGGGAUUUGAGGUAGGAGGGGUGUCCUGUGGCAGUGUAUAUUCGAAUUCCGAUUCCCUAUAAGUAUUAUCAAAGAGCUUCCUUAACUAUCCCUCUUAAAAUUGACAAAAUGCUGGUGUAGAUUCAAUUCUUUUCUUGUAGCAGGGAUGGUCAUGCUAUGAUUUAUUAUUUUUGUUGAUUGCCCUGUGGCUUCCCAUAAU